AACAGUGAAAGGCAGCAGUCCUCCUAUUGGCGACCGGGUGGUGAUGUCAUUACACCGCGACUGCGAACCCUACGUCCCCCGGAGAAGAACAGCUGGCUUCUUGCAACGGGACCGGCUGUGGCUUCUGCGCUCUUGACCUGCAGCUGUCGCAGGUGUCAGCUGACAGCGUAAGGCGCCGGGCGGGUCCGGCUGCAGCGGCUAGGUAAACUGAGGCUAGAGCAGCGCGGGAGGGAGAGGAACCAGGCAUUGAGAAACCGAGCAGCCCACCUCGGUUCACGGAGAGUGGAGGUCGGCAGGGUCGUGCAUGCGGCCCUGCGCCUGAGGCUGCCCGUUCCUGUGCUGUUUGCUAAGGGACACUUGUCCUGUAGGACACCAGCGCCACCUUGCCAGGUGACUUUACCUCGUGAAGCCUUAGAGCUGCGUUCUGUUCAGUGGUGUUGAUGCUGAGCUCUGGUAAAAGGUUGUUCUCAGCUCUGCUGCACGUUCAGAAGAGGCCCUGUCAGCCUUCGAGAGCGAUGAGACUGGUACAGUUCCAGACACCCCACCUGGAGGAGCCUCACCUGGGCCUGGAGUCGGGGAUUGGAGGGGGAGUCGUAGACCUAAACACCUUUGACCCCACACUCCCCAAGACAAUGCUGCAGUUCCUGGAGCAGGGAGAGACUACCCUCUCAGUGGCAAGAAGAGCCCUGGCUACCCAGUUGCCAGUCCUCCCUCGGUCACAGGUGACCUUCCUGGCCCCUGUCACCCGGCCAGACAAGGUGGUAUGUGUGGGCAUGAAUUAUGCAGAUCACUGCAAAGAACAGAAUGUGCGGGUGCCCAAGGAGCCCAUCAUCUUCAGCAAGUUCUCCAGUUCUAUUGUGGGGCCCUACGAUGAGAUCAUCCUCCCACCAGAGAGCAAGGAGGUGGACUGGGAGGUGGAACUGGCUGUGAUCAUUGGAAAGAAAGGCAAGCACAUCAAGGCCACAGAUGCCAUGGCUCACGUGGCUGGCUUCACUGUGGCUCAUGAUGUGAGUGCCCGGGACUGGCAGAUGAGACGCAAUGGAAAGCAGUGGUUACUGGGAAAAACUUUUGAUACUUUCUGCCCCCUGGGCCCUGCCUUGGUUACCAGGGACAGCAUAACAGACCCACAUAAUCUAAAGAUCUUCUGCCGCGUGAAUGGGGAGGUAGUCCAGAGCAGCAGCACCAACCAGAUGGUAUUCAAGACUGAAGAGCUGAUAGCCUGGGUCUCCCAGUUUGUCACUCUUUAUCCAGGGGACAUCAUCCUGACCGGGACUCCUCCAGGUGUCGGUGUGUUUAGGAAGCCUCCUGUCUUUCUCAAGAAGGGGGAUGAAGUCCAGUGUGAGAUUGAAGAAAUUGGUGUCAUUGUCAACAAGGUGGUGUGAUGGUAUCCCUGUGAGCACUGGACUUGACACAAGGUGGGACUCUUGCUCCCACGAAGUUCACUGCUGGCCCUGCCCACUUGAGGUGCUCCUAGGUAGGCCUUGGAAAUAAAUUUUCUCUGAGUUGCA